AAGAGCGGCCGCCGCCCCUAGGGGGAAGGCGCCAGGAGGUGGCUGAGCACGGGCAUGAGCUGGCUGCGGCGUCUGCUGCGGGACUAGGACGCCGCCAUGAACCUGCACCAGGUGCUGACCGGCGCGGUGAACCCCGGCGACCACUGCUUCUCGGUGGGCAGCGUCGGCGAGCAGCGCUUCACGGCCUAUGCAUCUGGAUGUGACAUUGUAAUACUGGGAAGUAAUUUUGAAAGAUUACAGAUCAUCCCAGGCGCUAAACAUGGAAAUAUUCAAGUGGGAUGUGUAGACUGUUCAAUGCAACAAGGCAAGAUUGCAGCAUCCUAUGGAAAUGUUAUCUCUGUUUUCGAACCUGUCAGCCUCCCGAAAAAAAGGAAAAAUUUGGAACUUUAUAGUCAGUGGCAGAAAAGUGGCCAAUUUUUUCUGGACUCAAUAGCACAUAAUAUAACUUGGGAUCCCACAGGUAAUCGUCUUUUAACUGGUUCCAGCUGUCUUCAGCUCUGGUGUAAUACUAACUCAAGGAAGCAAACUGAAGAUGAAAAUCCUAGAACAAGUCUUAAUUUUGGAGAUUGGGUGUGCAUUUGGAAUUGCAAAACCGCUUCCCAAGUCCAUUUAAUGAAGUUUUCUCCAGAUGGAGAAUUUUUUGCCACUGCUGGAAAGGAUGACUGUCUUCUAAAAGUAUGGUAUAAUGUAGAAAACUGGCGACCAGCUGUUACCUCCCCAGAUAAAGAUUCAGAAAAACAAUCCCAAGGAGAAAUUGACUUUUCUUUUGUGUAUCUGGCCCAUCCACGAGCUGUAAAUGGAUUUUCCUGGCGGAAAACAAGCAAAUAUAUGCCAAGGGCUUCUGUAUGUAACGUACUGUUGACUUGCUGUAAAGAUAAUGUAUGUCGUCUUUGGGUAGAAACAUUUUUACCAAAUGAGUGCUUGCUAUAUGGAGGUGACUGCAACCACUGGUGUGAACCACUUAAUUUAACAAAUAACUUCAAGAGAAAUGCUUCCAGUAAAGACCGAGUUCAAAGUGCUCUAGAAGGAAAUCUGAGACCUUUCCGUAGAGGUCGGAGGAGAUCACUUGCUCUUGUGGCACAUACUGGCUAUCUGCCUCAUCAGCAGGAUCCUCACCAUGUCCACAGGAACACACCAUUGCAUGCCAAUGCACUUUGUCACUUUCAUAUUGCAGCCAGCAUCAACCCAGCCACAGACAUCCCACUUCUUCCAUCUAUUACAUCUUUAAGUUUAAGUGAAAAUGAAGAGAAGUGUGGACCUUUUGUGGUACACUGGUUAAACAAUAAAGAGCUGCAUUUUACAUUGUCCAUGGAAGUCUUCUUACAGCAACUUAGAAAAAGUUUUGAACAGCCCUCAUCAGAGGCCAGUGUAGAAGACUCUAUUCAGGCAGAUAUAAAAUCUGAUGAAGAAAUGGAGGAUGGUGUUGAUGAUUUAAAAAUAAUUCAUGAGAAGAAGGAAUUGGGUGAAGAUAAAAUGUUACCAAACUCAAGUUUUACACCAUUAUCGUCAGCCGCCAUUGAUCAUCAGAUUGAAGUGCUUCUGUCUGAAUGGAGUAAAAAUGCAGACAUGCUUUUCAGUAUUCAUCCCAUGGAUGGUUCUUUACUAGUUUGGCAUGUAGAUUGGCUGGAUGAAUACCAGCCUGGUAUGUUUCGUCAAGUACAGGUGUCCUUUGUCUCCAGAAUCCCUGUAGCUUUCCCCACAGGUGAUGCAAACUCUCUCUGUAAAAGCAUAGUUAUGUAUGCCUGUACUAAGAAUGUUGACUUGGCUAUUCAACAAGGAAAACAGAAACCUACUGGCCUCACUCGUUCCACGUCAAUGCUUAUUUCCUCUGGUCACAGUAAAUCAUCGAACAAUUUAAAAUUAAGUAUUUUUACUCCUAACGUUAUGAUGAUUUCAAAGCAUGCUGAUGGUUCUUUGAAUCAGUGGCUGGUUAGUUUUGCUGAGGAAUCUGCUUUUUCUACAGUUCUUAGUAUUUCUCACAAAUCCAGAUAUUGUGGUCAUCGUUUUCAUCUUAAUGAUUUAGCUUGCCACUCAGUGUUACCAUUACUACUGACAACUUCACACCAUAAUGCAUUAAGGACACCCAAUGUGGGUAACCAAAAGCAAGCUCAUGACACUGUAAAUACUGAGGAAUGUUUCUUGACACAGCAAAAUAAAAACAAUGUUGAUACGGCAUUUCAAGAUCCCAACGCGAUUUAUAGUGAACUUAUUCUUUGGAGAGUUGAUCCAGUUGGGCCAUUAUCUUUUUCUGGAGGAGUGUCUGAGCUGGCCCGGAUUAAUUCUCUUCAUGUUUCUGCCUUUUCCAAUGUGGCAUGGCUACCUACUCUUAUACCCAGUUACUGUCUAGGUGCAUACUGCAACUCUCCUAGUGCAUGCUUUGUAGCUAGUGAUGGACAAUAUCUGAGGUUAUAUGAAGCAGUUAUUGAUGCCAAGAAACUUUUAUAUGAGCUUUCCAAUCCUGAAAUUUCUAAAUAUGUUGGUGAAGUGUUUAAUAUCGUCAGUCAGCAAUCAACAGCCAGGCCAGGCUGCAUUAUUGCAUUAGAUCCCAUUACCAAGCUUCAUGGCAGAAAAACCCAGUUGCUUCAUGUUUUUCAAGAAGAUUUCAUUUUGAAUAACCUUGAAAAGAAAAGUCUGGGGAAAGAUAACAUUUUAUUGGAUCCAGGCAAUUCACCUCAUAGAUUUUCUGAAAAGUUCUACCUGGUUGUUAUAGAGUACACUCAAGACAACCGUUCACUGUUACGUAUGUGGGAUUUACACUUAAGGUCCAUUCCUGUCUCACUGGAUGAAAGAACAGACACAAAACUAUCAGAAGCUGUUUGGCUACCAGAAGAGCAUUAUUCCUCUUCUCCAGAGAAGAUUCUGUCUCCGUUUUCACAGAGAUUCCAGGCUUGCAGGGCAAAUCUCCAGAGCACCAGCAGGCUCUCCCUAUUCUCUGAAAUGGUGUACAGCAAGGAGAUGGAUCUGCCGGAAGGAGUGGAGAUAAUCAGUGUUAAGCCUUCAGCAGGUCACCUGAGUUCAUCUUCCAUAUAUCCUGCAUGCAGUGCCCCUUAUUUAUUGGCAACUUCGUGCUCAGACGAUAAAGUAAGAUUUUGGCGAUGCAGAGUAACAGAUGGAGAAUCAGCUACAUCAAAGAAUGGAAAAACAGAUCUUGUGUAUAUCUGGGAAGAAUGGCCAUUACUCAUUGAAGAUGGACUUCAGAGCAAUAGUAGUAUAACUGUACCUGGUAGGCCUGUAGAAGUGAGCUGUGCACAUACUAAUCGUUUAGCAGUAGCCUAUAAGCAGCCUGCAUCUAAUAGUAAAUCUCAGGAAUUUGUGAUGCACGUAAGUAUUUUUGAAUGUGAGUCGACAGGAGGUUCAUGUUGGGUCCUUGAACAAACAAUUCAUUUAGAUGAGUUAAGUACAGUGUUGGAUUCUGGCAUUAGUAUUGAUAGCAAUUUAGUGGCCUAUAAUAAACAAGAGGCAUAUUUAUGCAGUAAAGAAAGUAUUACAUCAAACACAAAACAUUUGGUUCACUUAGAUUGGAUGUCUAGAGAAGAUGGUUCUCAUAUCUUGACUGUUGGAAUUGGCUCAAAACUUUUUAUGUAUGGACCCCUGGCUGGCAAGGUGCAAGAACAAACUGGUAAGGAGAACCAGACAUUUCCUCUCUGGGAGAGUACUAAAAUCGUACCUCUUUCUAAAUUUGUACUGUUACGAAGUGUGGACUUGGUUUCUUCUGUAGAAGGUGCCCCACCUUUUCCUGUUUCUUUAUCAUGGGUCCGGGAUGGCAUCCUUGUGGUAGGAAUGGAUUGUGAAAUGCAUGUGUAUUCCCAGUGGCAGCCAUCUUAUAAACAAGAACUUGUUACAACAGAUUCAUACAAUGGAAGCACUCCAUCCAUACUAAGUUUAAUAAAACAAAGUAACUCAUCAAGUUCUGGGCUACAUCCUCCAAAGAAAACUCUUACUCGAUCUAUGACUAGUCUUGCACAGAAAAUUUGUGGAAAGAAAACUACAUUUGACCCUUCAGUGGAUAUGGAAGAUUCUGGUCUUUUUGAAGCAGCUCAUGUACUUUCUCCAACUUUACCUCAGUACCAUCCCUUGCAACUUUUGGAACUCAUGGAUCUUGGCAAAGUCCGGAGAGCCAAGGCUAUCUUGUCACAUCUUGUAAAAUGCAUUGCUGGAGAAGUUGUGGCUCUGAGUGAAACUGAGUCCAAUCACGAGCGCCGCCUUCGGUCUCUCACCAUCAGUGCUAGUGGAAGCACCACCAGAGACCCUCAGGCAUUCCACAAAACUGAAAACACAGACUACACAGAAAUCGACUCUGUCCCUCCACUUCCUUUAUAUGCCUUACUUGCAGCGGAUGACGACAGCUAUUGCUCAUCUUUGGAGAAGUUGAGUAAUGAAAGUUCCAUAGGGAAAAAAAACAAGUUAUCAAAAGAAAGUUAUGAUGAGCUUUUCCAAACUUCAGUUCUGAUGUCUGAUAGUCACAUGUUAGAGACAGAUGAAGAAGAUACGAAGCCCAGAGUUAUUGACCUUUCACAAUACAGUCCAACUUACUUUGGUCCUGAGCAUGCACAAGUUCUUUCUGGCCAUCUACUGCAUUCUAGUUUACCAGGGCUCACCCGGAUGGAACAGAUGUCAUUGAUGGCCUUAGCAGAUACAAUUGCAACUACAAGCACUGAUAUUGGAGAAAGCAGGGACAGAAGUCAAGGUGGAGAAACUCUAGAUGAAUGUGGAUUAAAGUUUCUUUUGGCUGUUCGACUCCAUACCUUUCUUACAACUUCCCUUCCAGCCUAUCGAGCUCAACUCCUUCACCAAGGCCUCUCUACUGGUCAUUUUGCUUGGGCAUUUCACUCGGUAGCAGAAGAAGAACUGCUGAAUAUGUUGCCAGCCAUGCAGAAAGAUGAUCCAACUUGGUCUGAACUGAGAGCAAUGGGUGUGGGGUGGUGGGUUCGCAAUUCUCGCAUCUUGCGCAAAUGCAUAGAAAAGGUAGCCAAAGCAGCCUUUCAUAGAAAUAAUAAUCCUUUAGAUGCUGCAAUUUUUUACCUUGCAAUGAAAAAAAAAGCUGUGAUUUGGGGAUUAUAUAGAUCUCAAAAAGACACCAAAAUGACACAGUUUUUUGGACACAAUUUUGAGGAAGAGAGAUGGCGUAAAGCAGCUUUGAAAAAUGCCUUCUCUUUAUUAGGCAAGCAAAGGUUUGAACAUUCUGCAGCUUUUUUUCUUUUAGGUGGUUGCCUCAGAGAUGCAAUCGAGGUAUGUCUUGAGAAACUGAAUGACAUUCAGUUGGCUCUUGUAAUAGCAAGACUCUUUGAAUCUGAAUUUGAUAAGUCUACAACAUACAAAUCUAUUUUACGCAAAAAAGUUUUGGGAAUUGGUUCUCCAGUCAGUGAACUCAGUUCAUCGAACAUAAAUGCACAUCAUGAUCCCUUUCUUCGGAGUAUGGCACAUUGGAUUUUAGAAGAUUAUAGUGCUGCCCUGGAAACGUUAAUAAAGCAACCAGUUACAGAGGAUGAAGAUCAAGUCAUGAUGUCAGCCUGUAAUCCUAUAGUUUUUAAUUUCUACAAUUAUCUAAGAACCCAUCCACUUUUGCUAAGACGUCAUUUUGGAUCAUCUGAUACAUUUUCAACGCAUAUGGCUUUAACAGGAAAAAGUGGACUGGCAGGAACAAUUAAUCUAAGUGAAAGAAGAUUAUUUUUUAGUACUGCUAGUGCUCACCUAAAAUCUGGCUGCCCCAUGUUGGCUUUGGAAGUAUUGUCAAAGAUGCCCAAAGUUGUCAAGAAAACAAAAAACUUUUGUAGAGCAUCUACUAGUUUUUUUACUAGUAAAGAUUCUUCUCCAUUACAAUCGGAUGCAAGAGAAGAUAAGUCUUCUGCUGUUGACUGGUCACAGUCACUGAUAAAUGGUUUUGAAUCUUCUUCAGAGGGUUCCUCAGAGAAACAGUCAAACUCCACCUUAUCUUUUGAUUGGAGUCAACCAAGUAUGGUAUUUCAAGAUGACUCUUUGGAGUUGAAAUGGGAUAGCGAGAAUGAUGAAGAAAAUGAAGAUCCCCCUAUUUCAAUGAAAGAAAUAAAACCUUUGCCAAGAAAAACAGACAAAAAAUUAGAUGAAUUAAGUAGUUAUACAGACUCUUUAAGCACACUAGAUGAAAGUGACAUUUUAAAUCCAUCAGAAGAUAUAAUUGCUGUUCAACUAAAAUUUAGAGCAUGUUUAAAGAUUCUCACAGUGGAACUCCGUACUUUAUCUACUGGCUAUGAAAUAGAUGGUGGAAAAUUGCGUUACCAACUCUACCACUGGCUUGAAAAAGAGGUUGUGGCUCUUCAGAGGACUUGUGACUUUUGCUCAGAUGCAGAACAGCUGCAGACCACAUUUAGUCAAAGUGCAGGGAAAUCUGAGUUAAGUGAGGAGAUUGAUGAUUUGCACCACCAAACAAAAGCGAAUCAACUGAGAGAAAGUUUCCAGGAAAAAAGACAGUGGCUUUUGAAGUAUCAGUCACUCUUGAGAAUGUUUCUUAGUUACUGCGUACUUCAUGGCUCUCAUGGUGGGGGUCUUGCAUCUGUGAGAAUGGAAUUAAUUUUACUUUUACAAGAAUCUCAGCAGGAAACAGCAGAACCAGUAUUUCCUAACCCGCUGUCAGAACAAACUUCAGUGCCUCUUCUCUUUGCUUGUACAGCCAGUGCCAAAACAGUAGUUGCCAAUCCACUAUUGCACCUUAGUAAUCUAACACAUGAUAUUCUACAUGCCAUAAUAAAUUUUGAUUCACCACCUCAUCCUGAUAGCCAAAGCAGUAAAGUAUAUGUAAUGCAUACUUUAGCAGCCUCACUUUCUGCUUGUAUUUAUCAGUGCCUUUGUGGUAGUCAUAACUACAGUUCAUUUCAAACAAAUCAGUUUACUGGAAUGAUGUAUCAGACAGUACUGCUUGCUCAUCGACAUUCUUUGAGAACAGGAAGUUUAGAUGAAUCAGUAACUCCCAACACAUCACCAGCUCAAUGGCCAGGAAUAAAUUGUCUAAUUCAACUUUUGAAUUCUUCUGGUGAAGAAGCCCAAUCAGGACUUACAGUCUUGCUUUGUGAAAUUCUCACAGCAGUGUAUCUUAGUCUGUUCAUUCAUGGGCUGGCAACACAUUCUAGUAAUGAACUAUUUCGGAUUGUAGCCCACCCCCUAAAUGAAAAUAUGUGGUCUGCAGUGUUUGGGGGAGGAGCGCAGAUGCACUCGAAAGCCUUAUCCGUUGAAGGAGAAAAACAGAACAAACAUUUUAGUCCACCAAAAGCUUCUUGCAGAGAAUCUGCCCCCAUAACCUCUUCCUCAGUAAAUCCGGAGUCACUGACAGUCAAGGAAAAAUUCAUCCCACCUGAGCUAAGUAUCUGGGACUAUUUCAUAGCCAAGCCUUUUCUGCCCCCUUCCCAAAGUAGAGCAGAGUAUGAUUCUGAGGAGAGUCUAGAAAGUGAUGAUGACGAUGACGAUGAUGAUGAUGAUGAUGAUGAUGAUACUUUACCUUCUGAUCUCCCUCUCCAGGAACAUUCUAAUUCAAAUUCAUUCAGUUGGUCAUUGAUGCGAUUGGCUAUGGUCCAGUUGGUGCUCAGCAAUUUGAAGACUUUCUAUCCCUUUGCAGGUCAUGAUCUUGCAGAACUACCGGUUAGUUCACCUCUUUGUCAUGCAGUUCUCAAAACUCUUCAGUGUUGGGAGCAGGUUCUUCUCCGACGACUUGAAAUCCAUGGUGGACCGCCUCAAAACUAUAUUUCCAGUCACACUUCUGAAGAGAAUGUGUCUGCAGGGCCUGCAAUACUCCGUCACAAAGCUUUACUAGAACCUACAAACACUCCUUUCAAAUCCAGAAAUCAUCUGGCAUUGUCUGUGAAGAGGCUUUGGCAAUACUUGGUGAAACAGGAAGAAAUUCAAGAAACUUUUAUCAGAAAUAUAUUCACAAAGAAACGAUGUCUAAAUGAGUCAUUAGAGGACAACAAUGAAACCAUCAAAAAUUCUAUGAUGGAGGAGCCAAACAUCAAUAAGAUAGAGGCAGAUUUGGGAUAUCCUGGAGGUAAAGCAAGAAUUAUUCAUAAGGAAUCUGAUAUCAUUACUGCCUUUGCUGUUAAUAAAGCAAAUAGAAAUUGCAUAGCAAUUGCCUCCAGCCAUGAUGUACAAGAACUGGAUGUUUCUGGAAUUUUGGCCACACAGAUCUAUACAUGGGUGGAUGACGAUGCAGAAACAGAAACCAAAGGAUCAGAAGACUUCCUGGUGAUCCAUGCUCGUGAUGAUUUAACAGCUGUCCAAGGCUCAACUCCAUAUACCCACAGCAACCCUGGCACUCCCAUCAAUAUGCCGUGGCUUGGAAGUACACAGACGGGUAGAGGAGCAUCUGUGAUGACUAAGAAAGCCAUUAAUAAUGUCAGAAGAAUGACAUCACAUCCAACUCUUCCUUACUACCUGACAGGUGCUCAAGAUGGGAGUGUCAGAAUGUUUGAAUGGGGCCAUUCUCAGCAAAUAACCUGUUUUCGAUCUGGUGGCAAUUCAAGAAUUACAAGAAUGAGAUUUAACUAUCAGGGAAAUAAGUUUGGAAUUGUUGAUGCUGAUGGAUAUUUAAGUUUGUACCAAACAAACUGGAAAUGUUGUCCAGUUACUGGGAGCAUGCCUAAGCCAUAUCUGGCUUGGCAGUGUCAUAACAAGACAGCCAAUGAUUUUGUCUUCGUUAGUUCCUCCUCUCUGAUAGCUACAGCUGGUCUUUCAACUGACAGUAGAAACAUAUGUCUAUGGGAUACUCUAGUUGCACCUGCUAAUAGUUUAGUCCAUGCUUUUACCUGCCAUGACAGUGGAGCCACAGUUUUAGCAUAUGCUCCCAAACAUCAACUACUAAUAUCAGGUGGCAGAAAAGGUUUCACAUGUAUAUUUGACCUUCGACAACGGCAGCAGAGGCAGCUUUUUCAGAGCCAUGAUUCCCCUGUUAAAGCCAUUGCUGUUGAUCCAACUGAAGAGUACUUUGUUACAGGAUCUGCAGAAGGCAAUAUAAAGAUUUGGAGUCUUUCUACCUUUAGUCUUCUCCAUACUUUUAUCAAUGAACAUGCUCGGCAGUCUAUUUUUAGAAAUAUUGGAACUGGAGUCAUGCAAAUUGAGACAGGACCAGCAAAUCACAUUUUCUCUUGUGGAGCUGAUGGAACAAUGAAAAUGAGGAUACUACCGGAUCAGUUUAGCCCUUUAAACGAGGUGUUAAAGAAUGAUGUAAAAUUAAUGCUGUAACAUUUUCACAAGAGGAUGUAUGAUUUAUUACCUGCUUUAUGAACGUGGCCAACAGAUGCAGUAUGCAGUAAUCCCCUGUACCAGGGAUAAGCUAAUGCUUUUUUCUUCUCAUAUUUAUUUUAUGUAGCUUUGCCCUUGAUGCACUGAUGCCUUAAAAGUUACAAGUCACUCAGAGUUAGAUCCUAUUGCCUAACAUAGAAUGUUAGAAUGUAUAAAUAAUGCUGUAGUCAUACUAUUUAUAGUAUAUUUUAGUAAAUAUGUCAUCAUGUUAAAGGAACUUUGUUUUCUCAUUGUUAUAAACCCUUCUGCAGACCCCACUGCAUGAAUUCCAUUGACAGGAAAACCCUUUAAGACAGGGGCCGAGAUAAUACUCAUCACUUAUUGACUACAUUUUCACUACAUUAUCACACAGACAUAAUUCUUUUCCUGUUAAUAAUGACAAGUUUAUAUAUAGGUAAGAUAUGAAAUCUCCAUUAAAACUGCUAUUGGGACUUCAGUGUAAAAGAGCCUAGGAGUUCAUUAGAGUUUUCCUCUUCCCCUUCUAUAGCCCAGAUGUGUGUAUGUAAAUGUAUUUAUGUGUAUGUAUAUAUAUGUGCAUAUGUAUAUAUAUAUAUAUCUUACACAUCUUACUUGAUAUUGUAUAUACACAAACAGAAACUACAAGUUUUUUCAUGUGUUUAGUGCCAUAACACCUCCUGCCACAAAUAUAAAACUCUUCUUGCAACUGUUUUUUUAUGUUUUUUUAAUUAUCACUUUAAUUUUCAAGUCAUUUAAGAAUUCAAAGAUUACUAUUUUAAAGAUAUUAAAUAAGUCUCAGUAGGCAAUAAAGAUGUUAUGUGGCACACAAGGCAUUUACAUUUAUGAAUUUGUUUCCAGUUUUGAUUAUCAGACAUUUUACUUAAAUUUUGUUUUAAUUUUAUUUCUUUUUAGAUGAAUUUAGUCUCAAAAUUCUGAAAAUGUUAUAGCAGUGUUUUUAGAAACAUUGUAAAAACAGUCAAAUUAAAUAGAUAGUAUUUAUAAAUGUACAGUGCCCUUCAGAUCUACCAUUGAUAGGAAAUAAACCUUAUAUUUUAUUAUUUUUGCCAAAAUAUAUUAUUUUAUUAUAAAAUUUGACCAAAAUAUUUAAAAUUUACAAUGCUUCUAACUUAAAUAUGCUAACCCUAUUUCUGUCUGUUUCAUGCUAUAUCUUUUUCUGAUUCAGAAUUAUAAAAAACUUGAUAAAUACUUGAUUUUUAGCCAAUGAGACUGGCAGUAGAUGGGGAUAAGUGUUUAAGGGACAGUUAUAUAUGUCGUAGCUUAAAUUUAUUUUUAGUUAGAACUGUAACUGACCAUUUUUAUGUAAGGAAAUAUGGAAAACUAUUUGGAAUUAAAGAGUCAAAGCAAAGAAAUGAAGGGCUGGUAAAUGAAUUUUGUAAUAUCCUCAGGAUACUUUUAUUAUAAAAGUAUAUUGUUAAAGGUUUUGUAAAUUGUAUUUCAUAAUUUUAAAUAUAGUGAGCAAGUUACAGUGAAAACACUGUCAUUAUAGAGAGUUUAUAUGCACAUAGUAACCUGUACCUGUAAAUUGUGCAAUAACAAUAUAUGACUAUUUUACCAUAGAGAAAUCUGUGACAACAUUGCAAACAAUAUUAUUCUUUGAUGUAGCUAAGUUAUUUUUUAGUAAUCUCUUCACAAAUCAAGAUUCAAAAGGCUUUAAACACUUUCCAUAAGAAAGGAAAUUUAUCGUGUUUAUUAAAAACAAAAGGCUUUGGGUAUGAACUAUUGAACAUUCUAAUUGAGGGUUUAUAUGAAUCACCACAUUAUGUAAGCCCAUAUGUAUUUACAUCCAGAGUCAUAUUUUAAAUAAACAAUCAUGUAGUGAUUUUUUUCGCA